AUGGCGCCCACUUUCGCCGAAGCGACCGCGGUGAAGCCUCAGGGCUCUCACACCUACACAGCCGACUUUCAUACGGAGUGGUGCAUUGGCUCAGUCCCCCAUGGAGGCGUGGUUACAUCAGUCCUUUUACGAGUGGCUGCUACACACUUCAACAACACCCUCGCAAAACUGAACCAGCCACACACCAUCGCGCUGCACUCGGAAUUCCUCCGGCGAACGCAGGAGGGCCCCGCGACAAUACAGGUCCGCGACGUCAAGCUGGGCCGGAUGGCGUCGACCAUCCACGUCACUCUGACCCAGGACGGGCGCGAGGAGGUAGCGGCGUACAUCACGAACUCGAACCUCGAGAAAGAGUCGGGCGUGAGCUACGCGACGGGGUGGUCGCUGGAACCGCCGCCGCCCCCCGUCGACCUCCCCCGGCUGUCCGCCGAGGGCUCAGAUGCGAACUGGGUCGAGUUUACAGACUUGCCGUAUCCCAAGCUGCGCAAGGCGACCAACCGCGUGCACAUGCACCUGCCGCGCAACGGGCAAGUCCGGCCCAAUCUGAUUGACGAGUGGAUGCGUCUCGAGUCCGGCCAGAAGUUCACGAACGAGAGCAUCGGGUUCGUGGCGGACAUGUGGCCGCAGAUGAUCGAGGGGCUGGAGGGACGGCAGAAAGUGACGGGCACGCAGCCCUGGAUGUGGUUCCCGACGCUGCUGCUGAACCUCGAUAUCAAGAAGGCGCUGCCGCCUGGCGGUGCCGAGUGGCUGUUUGUGCGCGUGCAGUCGAAGCAGAUCAGGAAUGGGCGGUAUGACUACGAGGUUGUCGUCAGAGACGAGGCCGGUGAGCUUGUUGCGCUCAGUCACCAUAUUGCUCUGGUUGUGGACGGGAGGCGGAACACGGCGAAGAGGAUCACGGGUCAGAGCAAGAUCUGA